CCCUGUCUCCCAGGUGCUGCUCCAUCCCACAGCCAUGUCCUGCUACGACCUGUGCCGUCCCUGUGGCCCAACCCCUCUGGCCAACAGCUGCAACGAGCCCUGUGUCAGGCAGUGCCAGGACUCCCGGGUCAUUAUUGAACCUUCUCCCGUGGUGGUGACCCUGCCUGGACCCAUCCUCAGCUCCUUCCCCCAGAACACUGCCGUGGGAUCCACCACCUCUGCUGCUGUGGGCAACAUCCUGAGUGCUGAAGGAGUUCCCAUCAACUCUGGGGGCUUCAAUCUCUCUUACCUUGGUGGUCUUGGUGGUCGCUACGGCAGGAGGUGCCUGCCCUGCUAG